AUGCGGUUCCUCCUCGCCCUCUCGACCGCAGCCGCGGUCGUGGCCGCGACCAGCAGCCACAGCACCAGUACCAGCAGGCCUCACAAGCGCGCCGACAUAGACGACUGCCUCGCAGACGCCGGCGUCCCCGUCGACGAGCUCGACUCCGACGACUGGGAGCUCGACGCCAGCCCCUUCAACGACCGCCUGCCCUACACCCCCGCCGCCAUCGCCGCGCCCACCUCUGUCGAGCACAUCCAAGCCGCCGUCUCGUGCGCCGCCAAGCUCGGCAUCAAAGUCAGCCCCAAGUCGGGCGGGCACAGCUAUGCCUCGUUUGGUCUUGGUGGUGAGGACGGGCAUCUGGUCGUGCAGCUCGACCGGAUGGAUAAUGUGACGCUUGAUGCGGAGACGAAUAUCGCGACUGUGCAGCCCGGUGCGCGGUUGGGGCAUGUGGCGACGUUGUUGAAUGACCAGGGGAAGCGGGGGUUUAGCCAUGGGACGUGUCCGGGCGUUGGCGUGGGUGGCCACUCUAUCCACGGCGGGUUCGGCUUUAGCUCGCACACCCACGGUCUCGCAGUCGACUGGAUCGCCGGGGCCACCGUCGUUCUCGCCAACGGCACAGCAGUCAAGACCUCCGCCACCGAGAAUCCAGACCUCUUCUGGGCCAUCCGCGGCGCCGGCUCCAGCUUCGGCAUCGUGUCCGAAUUCCAAUUCAACACCUUCGCGGUCCCGGACAACGUAACCUCCUUCGAAAUCAACCUCCCCUGGAAAAACGCCACCAACAUCACCGCGGGCUGGAGCGCCAUCCAAGACUACCUUCUCGCGGGAGAUAUGGACCCGCUCCUCAACAUGCGCGUCCUCGGCAACGGCUACCAAACCCAAAUCCAGGGUCUCUACCACGGCAACAAGACCGCCUGCAACGAAACCAUCCAGCCCCUCGUCAAGCUCGUCAACGGCACGCUGACCAAGCCGGUCGAAUACGACUGGAUGGGCGGCAUCUCACACUACGGCUACAGCCAAGAAGUCGACCUCACCCGGCCCUACAAGCAAUCCGAGACCUUCUACUCCAAGAGCCUGGUCACCUCCGCGCUGCCCGCCGAGGUCCUGCAAAAGGUAGCCGACUACUGGGUCAACGAAGCCAGGAACGUCACCCGCUCCUGGUACAUCAUUAUCGACUUCUACGGCGGGCCGACGUCCGCUGUCACCAAGGUCGCCGCGGAGGACACAUCGUACGCCUACCGCGACCCGGAGAACAGUCUGUUCCUGUACGAGCUGUACGACCGGAGUUUUGGGGAUUACCCGGAGGAUGGGUUUACGUUUUUGGACGGGUGGGUGGAUGCGUUCACGAGCGGGCUGGAGGAGAGCCAGUGGGGGAUGUAUGUGAAUUAUGCGGACCCGACGAUGGAUCGUGAACAGGCGCAGCAGGUGUAUUAUCGGCAGAGCUUGCCAAAGUUGAGGGAUAUCAAGAAGGCGGUUGAUCCGGAUGAGGUGUUUUAUUACCCGCAGGCAGUUGAGCCUGCGAAGCCGGCGGACCCAGAGAAGUAA